GGCGGGGCCGCGUGGGGGCCUCGGGGAUUGGCUGAGCGCCCUGGGGCUGGAGUUGAGCCCCGGCCCCUGCUUCCCGCCCCUGCCCCCUGGCGUCCUGCGCCUGGACCCCAGGAGCCGUCGGGCAAUCGAGGCAUGGCUGGGGUGCAGCGGAUCAGCCUCUCCGAGGCCUUGGACUUGGGGCCCAGUUGGCGCCACGCGUGCCACGCGCUGCUCUACGCGCCAGACCCGGGUCGCCUGUUCGGCUGCAUCCCGCUGAGAUACGCGGUGCUGAUGCAGAUGCGCUUUGACGGGCGGCUCGGCUUUCCGGGCGGCUUCGUGGAUCCCCAGGACGGCAGUCUGGAGGCGGGCCUGAACCGGGAGCUGCUGGAGGAGCUGGGCGAGGGGGCGGCUGCCUUCAGCCUGGGCCCGGGAGACUACCGGAGCUCCCACGCCACGGCCUCCCCCCCGCCCCGCGUCGUGGCCCACUUCUACGUCAAGCAGCUGACGCUGGACCAGGUGCUGGCGCUGGAAGCAGGUGCCCACCGUGCCAAGGACCACGGGCUAGAGGUGCUGGGGCUCGUGCGAGUGCCUCUAUACACGCUUCGGGAUGGGGUCGGAGGACUCCCUGCGUUCCUGGAGAACUCCUUCAUAGGUGCUGCCCGAGACCAGCUGAUGGAAGCCCUGCAAGGCCUGGGGCUCCUGGAGCCUGGGCAGCUGCCCUCUGCUCGCCACUAGGGGGCCUCUGGAUGAAGGAGUGGGGCCCCCGAAGGGGUCGUCCUUGAGCAGUGCUGAUCGUGGGCAGGGGCGGGGGGGGGGGGGAAGAGAAGAGGUUCCCCUUUGUGGUUGAUGGUGUUGAUUACAGAUUUCCAGGAACACAAAACGUGUGGGGUUCAUUCUGUGCUCCCUCAUUGCCUUCCCAUCUUCCUUCCUCCUCACCUCCUACACGGCCCGAUCCCCUUCACAGUCAGAGGAACCGGGAAGCAAGCUCAUUCCGGUCCUUCUGUGCCUGAAUCUAGACUUCCUUCCCUUCUCGUCCCCAGUCUUGGGGUAGCUGUGAGGCUGAUUCUAACCCUCGUGGCCCAGGAUAGUGGUUGAGAUGGGGUUGGGGUCCUGGGGUGGGAGUGUUAGGGAGGAAUUCUCCAACUUAUUUAAAAGGCCCCAGCCACUUUGCUAGGGUCCUGUCUGGUGCCCACUGGCCAGCAGUCUUCUGUGCCCCCUCCUUCCCCCCCCCCCCACUUAGGAGGAGGGCCAGGGCCCCAACGGUUGUCAGAGGAGGCAGAAGAGCUCCUUCCGC